AUGGAAGUGACCUAUGAUGAUGUGCAUAUCAACUUCACUCAGGAAGAGUGGGAUUUGCUGAAUGCUUCCCAGAAAAAUCUCUACAAAGAUGUGAUGCUGGAGACCUACAGGAACCUCACUAUUAUAGGGUACAUUUUGGAGGACUGUAACACUGAAGAACAUAGUCAAUGUUCUAGAAGACCUGCAAAGUAACUUUCCUGUGCAAGUUUAUAACAAUGUGCCUCUGAUGAGUUUGUAAUAUGUCCUGGAACAAUGAAUUAAAAG